AUGCUACAUAAGGUGUUUCUUAUAAAUGUACUAUGGUGUGUAUUUGUGAUUUGUGAAAUAGAUCCUUUAUCAAAUGACAAUGACUUCAUCAGUGAAAAGGAAAGUGGAGAAACAUUGAAUUUAUCAAAUAUGGGAAUAAUGCAUCUAAAAAAUACGUUUUUCAACAGUUCUACUGUAACACAUCUUGAUUUAUCAAAAAAUAAUAUUUGGAAAAUUGAAAAGGGUGUAUUUGACAGUUUGCCAAAUUUAAAGUAUUUAAAUUUGAUGGAGAAUGUAUUUCCAUUCAAAACUUUGCUUGCAAAUAAUUUGUCGAAUGUUGAAACUUUAAUUUUAGAUAAAGCAAUAAUUUUAGAAGAUCAAUCUACUUAUUCGGAGCAUUAUAGGGAAUACUCUGCUUAUUAUUAUGAUAAUGAUGACUUAUAA